CCAACAGCUUUAUGAUAUUAAUAAAAAUGCUUUACAGCAGAAUUGAUUGGCUCCCAUCAGGCACAUAAAGUGGGUUGGUCCAUUGGUCUCCUCCACAAUGUCAUGCUCAAACUGCUUUCUGGCGGUAGCCUACAGUUUCUGUUUGAAUAGCUCGUAAGUUCUUUCAAUUACCCAUUGCUAAUAAUAUACAGUCUUGAAUUCAGCCCGCAUGCACGAACCCCUUUCGGAUGAUUAUCAAAACAACAUUUUGUGGAAUGUGUUUAGGUCAAUAUUAAUUAGAGCGAUUAUCGCAUCUUCAAAUGUCCUUGAGAACUUCUUCCAGUCUUGGAGAAGGCGUCCCCUGUCUAUAAUAGUGACAUCUCUCAAAAUGUUUUAUUGUUGCGGUGAUGUCAAAUUAAGUACAAAUUACGUGCAUCGGUGGUUAGUUUGAUAUUAAAGACGGUGGAAUCAGCCGAUAUAUGCACCUAUUUGCUAAACGUCAAGUCGUUUAAUUUCAUCACUGAUUAAUUUCAAUAGGAUACUGAUUAUCAGCCGUUUUUAAGAUAGCCAUUCUAAAUGCUGGACAAAGUUUGACCCUCGAUUCACAGGCGUUCAUACGGCGAUGCACCUUGAAAAAUUACCUGAAUGUAAUAGCAUCGUAAACGAAGGGACAACCUCUCUCCAAAGCGGAGCAAGUCCUUCGUGUUCUGCGGCCUGUACGCGGCGCUGGUGUUCGGGGGCCAGCACUUCAUGCGCGAGCGGCAGAAGCUGGAGCUGCGCAAGCCGCUGGUGCUCUGGUCCCUCAGCCUCGCCAUCUUCAGCAUCAUCGGGGCUGUGCGAACCGGCUCGUACAUGCUGCACGUCCUCUACAACAGCGGCUUCAAGCAGUCCGUGUGCGACCAGAGCUUCUACCGAGCCCCCGUCAGCAAGUUCUGGGCGUAUGCGUUUGUCCUCAGCAAGGCCCCUGAGCUAGGUGACACGGUGUUCAUCAUUCUGCGGAAGCAGAGGCUGAUCUUCCUGCACUGGUACCACCACAUCACCGUCCUGCUCUACUCCUGGUACUCCUACAAGGACCAGGUGGCUGGCGGCGGCUGGUUCAUGACCAUGAACUUCCUGGUGCACUCGCUGAUGUACAGCUACUACGCGGCGCGGGCGGCCGGCUGGCGCGUGCCCCGCCAGUUCGCCAUGCUCAUCACCACCACCCAGAUCGCGCAGAUGGUGAUGGGGCUGGCGGUCAGCGGCCUGGUCUACAUGUGGAUGCAGGAGGGCCGCUGCCCCUCGUACCUGGACAACAUCGUGUGGGGGUCCCUCAUGUACCUCAGCUACCUGCUCCUCUUCGCCUCCUUCUUCUACCAGUCCUACCUCAAGGGAGGGAAGCGCGCCAAGGCCGAUUAGGCGCUUCGUCACCGGAAGGGGGUGUAGG